GAUGACUGCACAGGCCGGAGCUAAAGCUUUCCUUCAACUCUCCUAGGCUCCGGGAGUAUAGUGGAGUGGAGGACUGGUGGGACGAGUUUAACUCCGGGCUGGAUUAUCAACUGUGGAGAGAAAUGAGACUAGUUGCCUGUGUAUCUUCCUGCUACCUAAACAUCUUCAACUAAACACGGUGGAAGUGAACACUGGUCCUGCUCCAGUUGAGAGAUGCUGGUCAACACAGGAACACAGGAGGAAGCCUCACACCUCUCUGCUUAUCCAUACCUCUUCGUCAGAGAAACCGAGCAGGCUGAUUAUUUCUGCACUGUUUGUGAAGAAUCUUUGAAGGAAUCUCAACUUCAGGAUCAUCUUUUCCAAGGACAUUCUGCUCUUAAUCUCAAGAAUUGUUUUGUGAAACUUGGUAAAGGUGGAAAAAGUUUAGUUGUAUGUGUAAUCUGUUGGGCUAAAAUAGAUUCACACUCAGAUAUGUCGGCUCAUAGGGAAGCUUGUAAGGCGAACUAUCCUGAAGAGGAACAACAAGAUUCAGGAAACCCAACAAGUGUUAUAUCCACUCCUGAUAUCCAUGAUAUGAUGGAAGACGACGAAAGAGAUUUGAACGGCGUAUCUCCUCCACCAUUUCCUCAGCCUGAAGUGAUCCUGGAUACCGAGGUAGGGAUCAAGUAUGAACCAGGCCGGGACACUUCAACUCUAUACUCAGACAAGAUGGACGGGUACAGUACAGGAAGCCGGGAACCGGUUUAUACUUCUCAAUGUAUGCAGUGCUCACUCUGUUCAAUGAUUUUACCUUCUUCUUCAUAUCUUUCUCAUCUCAGAGCUUAUCAUCGAGUAACUUGCCCUCUAAACCAGCUCUCCUGCCCCCUCUGUAUGGCCCUGGUCCCUAUAAUGGACCUGACAGUCCACCUAGCCUCACAACAUGGACUUGUACCACAGACUGCUGUAAAUGCUUUACUUCUCUGGGUUCUAACUUCCAAUACAUUUUCUUUAAAUGACGAGGCUCAGGCAAGCUUGAAGUCUAAGUUUAAGAAUGGAAACUCCAGAUCUAAACCUCCUGUCUCCUCCACUCCUCUCUCCUCAUCUACUCCGAUCAAAUCUACUCCGUCCAACCCUGUGGUUUAUAAACCUACUGGAGUUCCUAAAAUUGAACUAGACACCUUCCCUUCACCCUCCUCAUCCUCCCUGGAUAUCAGAGGUAAAGUGGGACUAGAGGAGCUGAUGGAUAAGUUGACUAGGUCCCACCUUGGACCAGGAGGGAAGGAGUCCCACCAAUGUCUAGUCUGUGCUAAAUGGUAUGCUGUACCUCCAAUUAAACAUAUGCGCUCACAUAUACUCACUCUGAGACAAGAACGAAGAAAGAUUGUUCAGCUCACAAAUAGUUCAACAAUUUGUCUAAUCUGCUACAGAACGUUUGAAAGUAUGCAGGCGGCAGCUCAACAUAUGGCAACACAUACUGAUAAUGGAGGUUCUUCAAAUGGAGCCACACAUAUAACUAUUCCAGGUCUUCCCGGAGGUUCCUUGUCUCCUGUAUCCUCCUCUCUUGUAACCUCCGCUGGAGGAUUAUUGGCCGAGGCCCUCCGAGGUUUUCCUCUCUACACCAAACCAAAGAAGAAAGAUACCGACGAUCUCCCCCUGGGAGCCACGUUUAAGACGACGACCUCUAUGACCCCGAAGGUCUCGAAAGUGAAGGAUGAAGUCAAUAUUGAGUUGGAUAAUGCUGGCAGGGUUAAGUCAGGAAAGGUUCGGAAGCAGUGUGAGCUGUGUGGUGAAUGGUCUAAUAUAAAAUGGUUCUUCAAGCAUAUGUCUGAAGUCCACCAGGCCCUGUUCUGCAGAUGCUGUAGGGAGUACCUACCUAAGGAGGAACAUAAGGAACACAGGCACUGGCAUGGUAUGCCUCCAUAUAUGGGGCAAAAGAUAAGAAUUGAAGACGGUCAACCCAUCAUUAUUGACAGAAAGGAGCGAGCUAGUUUAACUCCUAUUGGUUCUCUGGCAGCCUGGGGUGGUUCAAGUGGAGGACUGGUAGUUAAGGCUGUGGAUGAAAUAAAUCGUAAACGUAAGUUAGAAAGGACAACCAGCCCAAAUGGUUCUGUCAAAACCUCAGGCAGCUCAACCAACGGGGAUUCUUCAUAUCAGUUUGGAAUGUUGCCACCAGAUGGCUCUGCAGGGCGAGAAAGUUUGAUGCCUAAGGAACGCUGUCCAGUGUGCAGUAUUGAGAUCACUCAUAAAAAUCUAGCGAGACAUAUUAAGCUCAGGCAUGGCAUCAAGUAUAAAUUCUGUCAUAAAUGUCGGAAACUAAUACCAGGAGAACAGUACACUGAACAUAAGAAGCUGCAUGAAUCAGGGGAGCUGCCAACAAUAUCAGGAUUCGAUUAUUUGGACAGUUUAGAGGGAGGCGAGGACGGGGUUAUAGAGAUACCUGAGGAGGUUCUAGAUGAGGUCAUGGAGACCGGAUCAAAUGGUUGUGGUAAGCGUAAAGACGACAGUUUCCGUGCAAACACGUCAAUGACAAAACUGGAGAGUUUGAUGGGGAAGGAGUUUAAGCAUCCCAGGAGGAAAUGCAAUAUUUGUGGAUACUCUGUAUCAUAUUCAAACUAUAAGAUGUUUCAGCGACAUCUCCGGAACGCGCACCCAGGGUUAGGGGAAGAUCUAAGGGACAACACGGACUCCGGAGGAGACAAUGAAGGGGACAUGCUGGGACACCAUAUGGAUGAUUCAGACAGAAUCUCUGAUAACACAAUCGGGGAUGAGAUGAACGGGUCCAGGGAGGAUGAGGAUGAAGAGGAGGUGAAUGGAAGGGAUGAAGAGUAUGAUGAGGAAGGAUAUACUGAAUGUAUUCGGUGUGGAGAUCACGUGAUGUCGGAGUUCAUGGAAAACCAUCUCAGGAAGAUACACGGGGAGUCCACCAGAAAGUCUGGUUCUCCUCGGCAGCAGGUGUCGGAUCCAUGUAUACUCCGGAUGUGCCCUGAGUGCAGUGUGGAGAUGAGAGAAGAUUGUAUAAUUAAACACUGCAGAGUAGAACAUAAGGUUGAGUACAAGUUCUGUAUCGACUGCUCUAAGUACAUCCCUAAGAAAUUGUACAAGGUUCACGUCAGGCUGCAUGAGAAGGGAGAUCUGGAGAGAGGAGUUGAAGAGCAGGAUAUGAUCAAGGAUGAGGAUUCCAAUAUGGAGAAUAAUGCCGCUGAAAGUUGUGAAAUUGAAAUGAAAGACGACAUUUCUGACCUAAAAGAAAACGAAGAAUCGGAGUCGGAGAAUUAUCUUGUCAUCGACUCGGUGUAAUUUAUCAUCUUAAAUACUGAAAUAAAUUUAGAAUUUUGAUGCCA